AUGUCCCUGACAACUCAUCAAGUGGAUCAUACAAUCCUCGAAACCUACCCACCCGAUAGCCUACCUCCCGACCAAAUCCACUCCCUCCUCACCCAGAUAAAAGACUAUCAAUCCACGCACGGCUCUUUACUCAAGGUCAUAGACUCUGAAAUCCCGCACAGCGUACACCUCCAACCCGUUAGCGUGAGCGUGUUUCCCACUGUUUUCCCACGAAGAGUAUUCCAUGAAGCCAUUGAUGAAUUGCAGUUGGCAUAUAAUGAAUUGUAUGGCAAGAUUGCAGAGGAUAAAGAAUGGUUGUAUGCUGUGACGGGACCAUUGAGGAAGACGGAGCCGUUGGUCGAUGCAUUAUGGUGUGUUUAUGAGGAGGUUCAACGACAAAGACGAAAAGUUCAAUAUAUUGAGCAAAACGUUCAUGCGGGGUUGUUCAGGUCGGAUUAUAUGCUUCAUGUCCUUUCCGAUAGUGACAAUGACGACGAUGAGGACUGGAUACAGAGUCUGUGCCUGAAACAGGUCGAAUUCAACUCGUACUCCUGUGCUGGGGGAUGUCAUGCCGAUAAAGUCGCUGAUAUGCAUCGAUUCCUUGCUCUACGUGGUGUUUAUAACUGCCCAUCCAUCGAUGAAAAACAAGAUAUGAGGAUUCUUCCGUCUUCCUUGCCCCUGAAUAAUACGAUACACGGCAUUGCGUCGCUACUCGUUUUAGCGCACAAGAGAUAUGGAUCAACGCCGUAUAAUUCGGCAGCUUCACAUACAGCUGUGCUAAUGGUCGUUCAACCGAAUAAUUUCAAUAUCGCAGAUGAACGACCCAUUGAGUACGCAUUAUGGAACUGGGCAGACGACAACCCGAUUCCGACGUACAGAAUCGAAUGGCAAGAUGUCCUGCAUCGUACGCAACUCACCGAAACAGGGGAACUACUAUUCUUCCCGCCUGAAAGCGGAGGACGGACUCCUGUCGAGAUAUCAGUUAUAUAUCAUCGAGCCGGGUACGAGCCGCAGGAGUACUCAGACGAAAUAAAAGGAAAAGAUAUUCGCAUUAGACUCGAGUUGUCGCGCGCAAUCAAAUGUCCGUCUAUCCUGGGACAUAUUACGACUAUUAAGAAAGUGCAGCAAGCCCUAACCGUGCCUGGGACGUUGGGGCGCUGGCUUACGAGCGACAAAGCGGAUAGGAUUCGGGGGACCUUUGUUGAGAUUUACUCUCUUAACGAGUUUGAUUUUUCUGAAAAGAUUCAUGAUGAGAAAUUAACAGAGAAUUAUAUUCUCAAACCUGCUUCCCUUGAAGGCGGAGGACAUAAUAUCUACGGCUCUGAUAUACCUUCGAUCUUACAAACGCUCUUAGAGAAUGAGAAAUCCAGGGCGUAUAUACUCAUGCAAAAGAUCCGCUCACCGCAAAAUAUCUAUGGAAUGCUCAUGUCUUCUUCGAGAGGUGUUGUGGUUGAUGAAGUUGUGUCUGAAUUGGGAGUGUUUGGGGGUUGUAUUUGGGAGAAGAAUGAAUCUUCUUCUGGGUUGGAUAUGAUUGAGAAUAGGGUUGUGGGGUGGUCGUUCAAGAGUAAAGAGAGAAGUCUGGAUGAAAUGAGUGUUGUUAAAGGUUUUGGUUGUUUUGAUACCCCAUUGUUAGUUGAUUGA